UGGAAGAGUAACGUCCUGAAGAAAAGAGAGUUCAGUGAAUGAGUUUUUAAGAGCAAAGCUGGGCUAACCCUGGAUGAGAAGCAGCGUUUGAACAACAAAGGACAGCUUCUUCAAACUGCGCCUGCGACAUCUCUACACUCUUGACUGCACGUUCACUGCUCAGACGACAUCAUGGCAGAGGGAAGCUGUUUCGGAGCAUUGUAGCUGACUGCUUAGAAUGACCAGAGUCUUGGAAAGAAAAGGGGGAAAACGAAGAAGAAAGGAGGGUUGACAUCUGCUCAGAGAGGAUAAGAUCAGCAGCACAUCUGGAUCUAAACAGAAACUUCAUGGACCUUUCUCUUUGUAAGGAAAGGAAUUUAAACUCCUGAAUAUCUGUGCUCUGUCACUCUGAGGAGCUUCAAAUUUCUUCAACAUUGCUUUUAUUGUUUGAAUUAGCGUGUUGCUAUCCCAGGAAGACAAAACGCCAUGUGCCAUGUCAUUGUAACAUGCCGUUCCAUGCUCUGGACGCUCCUCAGCAUCAUAGUAGCCUUUGCUGAGCUCAUUGCCUUCAUGAGCCCCGAUUGGCUACUGGGAUACCCUCGCAUAGACCCUAGUGCGAGUGGGGCAGGGGUGGACUCGGAGGAGUACCGGCCGUCUUUGGGUCUCUACAGCCGCUGCCUUCGCAUAGGGAGCCGGGGAGUCGGGGUCAGCUGCGGGCCCUAUGCUGGAACGUUUGGAGAAGUGGCCAGUGGCUUCUGGCAGGCGGCCAUGUUGUUUCUGGCAGCUGGGACAUUAGUGCUCGGGGUAGUGGCCUGUAUCUCCAUCUUCAGCCUGUGCUUCCAGAGCAUCAUGAAGAAGAGCUUGUUCAACAUCUGUGGACUGCUGCAGGCCAUCGCAGGUCUGCUGUUGAUGGUGGGCCUCAUGCUGUACCCGGGUGGUUGGGGUUCAGAGAAGGUGAAGAGUUACUGCGGCUCCGAGGCCUUGCCCUUCAGACCGGCUAUGUGUUCGCUUGGGUGGGCGUUCUACGCAGCGAUAGGAGGACUGCUGGCGACCUUCCUGUGUUCUGUUCUGUCUGCUCAGGCUGAAAUUGCCACCUCCAGCGACAAAGUCCAGGAAGAGAUUGAGGAGGGGAAGAAUCUAAUCUGCUUGCUCUGAAACUUCUGGUCAUUUUUGACUCAUUGUUUGUGAAAUGUAUCUCAUAUAGACACCUGAACAUCUCAGAAGAGGGGCAGUUCUUUGAGUAACUGGGCACUCUGCCUUGUCAAAAUCAGCUGAUUUUAAAAGAUAAUAGUUCUGACAUUGUUAGGAAGUUCUUUUUUUAAUGGAUGUCGGUACAGCAGCUGGCUUUUUAAAGUUUCCUGUACACUUUUCUAGUGCUUUGACCAAGAUACUGUUUUUGUAAUGAAUCUUGCCUUUAACAAACCACUGUAUUAUUAUAGUAGGAGAAAUGUUUAAAAAGGUAGUGCAUAUGUUAGUGUUACUGUGGGCAACUUGAACACUGCCAGUAAAACAGUGUGAAGGUUUGUAACAUCAUUAUAAUGUUCAUUCAAACGGUUCACCUGCAAACCUCAACAAACCUCUGAAUACAAACAGAUGUGUGCACUUAAACAGCUGACAACAGCUUGCACAUGUGUUGUGAUGUGUGUGAAAGACAUAGACUGUUGUGGUUUUGAAAUGUCCAUACGAUCUGAAUCUGCUGCACAGCAGGACAGUAAGACUCUACCUACCUGUUUAAAUGUGCAAUGCAUGGAAUUGUUCACUUUAAAGGGAGCUACUUCUGUUAAAUGGAUUAUAUGUGGGUUUAUCACAGCUUAUUAAGCAGCAGAGUACGUGCAGAAAAAGAGCAGAGACUGACCAGAUGUCUCACUGUGGUGAUCUUUCAUGUCGGGGUGUUUGCUCACUGUGAGAUAAAGCAGACAGAAACUUAACUUGAAAGGGUCUGGCUCUGUAAAGAUGUACAAAUCAGCUAAUGUGGUUAGAAUGAAACUCAAGUUGUUGUUGAAACUUCUCUAGACAAAUAGGUAAUCUUUUAACUUUUUAAAGCAAUUUUAUAGAAUUCCUUUAGUUUAUUUGGUACUUUUGGAUGAUCAGCUGAUACUAUAUUUUGCACUUGGUCUUUCAUUUCACAUUGUGUCGUAUUUUUUUUCCAAUAAUACUCCCUUACAUUGCUGUAAAUGUAACAUAAUGUGGAUGCUUGUAUUCUUUGUAGAUGUGCAAUAAUUCUGUAAGAAUGAGUGGGUUGAGAGGAUGUAAAGCAGGAUAAUAGUGUGGAUAUUUUUCUUUAAAAACAAAGCGUUUAUGGUCUUUUUAUGCCUUAUAACAAUGUUUACUGUUUUUGUUAUAUUAACAAAAGAGUAAUGGCAUUGGUGGCACAUUGGUUGAUGCCGCAUGUAUGAGAGGAUGGUAUGUGUGAGGAGAAAUACAGCCUGGAAUUUUUACUCAAUAAACUCAACUUUCU